UUCAUCAUUCUGGGUGUUGGCUUUCACGCUAAAGAUUAACACAAUCACUAGCUGCUGUAGGGUGUGACGAGGUAAAGCUGAACUGAGGAAUUACAACUCAGACACAAUGAGGUUUAGAAAUGAAGGUGCGUGUGUUGUAAGACAGCGUUUAAAUGGCAACUCAGAUGCAACAGGGUUAGGCAUUAAGGUGUGUGCUGUAAGAUACCAUUCAAAUGGCAAAGGACAGUGCUCUACAUUCAUUCACGCGGCGCUGACGUCGGAAGACCAGCUGACCUUCACCAUGACGCAAGUUCAGUGCAAGAUGGCGGCGUCCUUGUGCCGAUGCUCUGAGCUCUUGCUCAGGAGAAGCAGAACUCUGUCGGCAGCAUGUCUAACAUUCAACACAGGCAGAGUCGUGGGGUGCCAGGCAGUGGCUGUACAGUGCCGUCAUGCCUCUGGAGGGCGCAAAAGUUUCCUGGGUGAGUUUUUGAACUCUCUGACGCAGGAGCUCAGCAAGAACAAGGAGAUGAAGGAGAAUAUUCGGAAGUUCAGGGAGGAGGCCCGACGGCUGGAGGAGUCGGAGGCACUGCAGCAGGCCAGGAGGAAAUAUAAAAGCAUUGAAUCAGAAACAGCACGGACCUCCGAGGUGCUGAAGAAGACUCUGGGGUCCUUAUCAGAAACAGUUAAAGGACGCUUUGAGGACGUGGGUCGUACUGACCUUGGUAAGAAGAUAAAAGAGGGUGUGGAAGAGGCAGCCAAAACAGCUCGAUCCUCAGCGGAGUCAGUGUCCAAGAGCAGUGAAGCGCUGGGGAAGACCAGUGCCUUCAGGGUCAUUUCACAGAGCAUGGAGACGGUGAAGAAGGAGAUGGAUGACGCAACACAGGGUGGGCCAUACCGUGCUCCAUCCCAACUAAGGAAGAGAAGCGAGUUCUCCUUUAAAGGAGCCGAGAACCAGGCCAGAGUUUUUGAAGCCAAUGAAGAUGCCACCGGCGUUGUCCUGCACAAAGACUCAAAGUGGUACCAACAGUGGAAGGACUUCAAGGACAAUAAUGUGGUGUUAAACCGCUUCUUUGAGAUGAAGAUGAAAUAUGAUGAAAGUGACAAUGCCUUCGUCAGAGCCUCGCGUGCCCUUACAGAUAAAGUCUCAGACAUCUUUGGUGGUCUCUUCUCCAAAACGGAGAUGUCUGAGGUGCUAACAGAGAUCCUGAGAGCUGAUCCUAACUUUGAUAAAGACUCCUUCCUCCGCCAAUGUGAAAAUGACAUCAUUCCAAAUAUCUUAGAGGCAAUAAUCAGAGGGGAGCUGGAGGUUCUUAAAGACUGGUGCUAUGAAGCUACAUAUAGUCAGCUUGCACACCCUAUUAAGCAAGCCAUAGCCAUGGGUCUGCAGUUCCAGUCCAAGAUUUUGGACAUCGACAACAUUGAUCUGGCGAUGGGUAAGAUCAUGGAGCAAGGGCCCGUACUGAUCAUCACCUUCCAGGCCCAGGUCGUCAUGGUGAUUCGAAGCCCUAAAGGGGAAGUGGUAGAGGGAGAUCCUGAGAAGGUGUUGAGGAUGAUGUAUGUGUGGGCGCUGUGUAGGGACCAGGAGGAGCUCAACCCACAUGCUGCCUGGAGACUACUAGACAUGUCAGCAUCCAGCACUGAGCAAGUGCUCUGAGAGAAACCGCCUUGUGUGUAAAGCCAGGCAUUGUGAGUUCACAGAGGUUCUUCACGUUGGACAGAAUACUCAGCUUCUUUACAUGAAAUCAAAGCCGCCCUCUACAAACAAUCUGAGACUGACCGACACAGUUUCUCCCUAAUGCCUGUGCUGAGCGGAUGAGCUGUCCAUGCUUCACCCACAAAUGUGUUCUUUCUUAGCAGUGUUUGCAAUGUUGAACUAGUUUUACAGAACAUUUUAAUAUUAAUGUUAAAUUACUUAUUAAGAAAAUAACAAUAAAAAAAUUAUUUAGUAUAAUGUAUU